GUCUAUGUAUCUAGAACUACACUUGAUGUGAAGAAUGGCAAGCCAAAGAUAUGACUCCCAAUGGAAGGAGGUACAGCUUAUCAAUGGCCAUGCCGUGCUUCUCGCCUACGUGAUGUCCGCCAUCAGAGGGGUAGGCGUCCUCGUGGUUACCUGGAUCGCGGUGGUUCUUCUCGGUGGCUUCGUCUCCAUGUUAGACAGGAAAGAUUUUUGGCGGCUGACCCUUAUUACCGCCGUAGAGCUAGCCUGCAUCAAUGCCUCUUUCAUUGAAAGGAUAGGCUCUGCUGGUGAUCUGAUCUCGAGCUUGAGGACAGUGAAGAAUCUAUUGACCACCAACUGGGAGUUGGCUGAUAAUACACGAAAUGAUCACCAGGAACUGGCAGUGGUUAAGAGAGUUUUUACAGUCGUGUUUGUGGUGGCUGGAUGGGUUCUAGUGCAGCUUCACAGUGUGAUGGUGUACCUUUGUGUUGUCUCUGCGCCGUGUCUCGUGCUCUUUGGGAUGAUCAUCACCGCUUGGAUCUCGAUAUUCGGUCUAAUGGAGCACGACUACUAUGGCGACACGGUCGAGGGCAGAACAAACAUGGAUCCGGCGCAUAAUCUCUUGUACGUUAUGUGUAUGGUCCAAGGUGCAUUGUUCCUUUAUAGAAUCAUCUUGCUGCUUACGGAGAAGAGGAUAGUGAAACAAGUGAGCCAAUCAUACGGCUUCCAAGAUGGGGACCCUGCAGUUUCAGGCUACUUGAAUGAAAUCAGGAAGGAAUGCUUCCAGAAGCCAUCCUCCGUCAGAGGAAGGAACCUCAUCACAUAUGCUGUACAACUCAUGGAGUCCAACUCGCCUCGUAACUUCCUUUCUGGGACACUGAUACUGGAGAGACUACUCACCCGGCAGCAUUUGGUCCAACAAGAAGAGCACAAGCAGCAAUUAGAAUUAGAGAACAGGACUGGAGCUCCAUUGGUUAGAAUGGAUGAGAAGAAUAAGAGAGAAGAAAUGAAGAGGAAGAGGGAGGAGUGGAAGAAGAGGCCGCAGCAUCAGCAAAAGGAGGAGAGGAUUAUUAUACAGCAAAGUAGGCUGAUCAAGCGGCUCAUAUUUGGGUCUGCAUCCUCCUCCCACAUUCUAGAGAAACUCCUUCAGACGUUAGAUUCGAGAGACUCAUACAACAGAAAGAUGAGAGAGGCCGCUAUGAGGAUAUUGGAGCAGCUUGCUGGCGAGAUCCGUUUGGAGCAGUUCCCACGAUGGAUCCAAUGCAUAUCUUCACUCAUCAACACUUUCGAAGAAUAUCACCUACUCCAGGCACACAACACUUCACCACUGGAGUUGGACUCGGAGUCGGACAGCGAUGUUGAUCAGCAACCAUCAUCUAAGGUGCUCGCUUGCUACAAAGAGCUGGUACUGACUGGACUGAGUCUCCUUUGGAGCCUUGCAGGCAAUGAGGUCAACUGUGAAAUCAUAAUCAACGCCAAACAUGUUGUCUACAAGAUCAUGGCACCUGUCAGCUACGACCUAGUGCACCGCUCAGGUCAUAGUGCAUGGUCGACUAUGGCAGUAGAGAGAUCUCUGGGGGUGAUGCUUCAGCUGAUUGUGACUAGCAAGGAAAACACAAGGGAAGACUUGCGUCAACGGUUGUCAAAGAAUGAGGGAGCAAUCGCCACCAUUGAAAGAAUUGUUACCUGCGAAGAAUGUAAAUAUGAGCUGAAGAUGAAGGGCAUGCAGAUACUCUCGCAACUAUCGAUGGACGAAAAUGCCAGCAGAGAUAAUCUAACUAAGACGCUCAUAAACGUCUUCAUUCGUGGUGACAAUGGCUCCAUCAGAAAGACUGCAGGGAAAACACUGUUGGCGUUGUUUCUCGGCAGCAAAAGUACUGCCACCCUCCUCCCCAAGAAAGAAAACUAUGUGUUUGUUGGUCAACUCGCGAAGAUACUUGUACAGGACGACAACAUAUGCAGAAAAAUUGCAGCAGAAAUUCUGGAGCAUCUAUGUGUUCAUUACACUGAGAACACUGAGGAUAAUAGUACACUCAAGGAAUACAUUAUAGAUAUUAUGCCACAGGUACAUACUUAGAUAAUUGUUUCUUUAUUAUAUGUCUGUUAUUUCUUCCUUUUUGUCUUUCUUUCUUCUAGCAUGC